GAGAAUGGAACAUUUCGAGUCAUUUCACUGUGCUGAGUCAUUGGUCCACAUUUAAUACGGCAUAAAAUAUACUACAAAAAAUACCUCGUGUUUUAAAUUUGAGUUGACGCUUCAAUUGUCGCCACGACCACAUUACAAAAGGUUUUUGUUGUGUCAAGUUUGACGGAUGUCGGUUCGUGCUGUGCUGCGUCUGGGUACAUUGGAUAACGCAUGUUCUUCGUUUUCGCGUUGAUGACACUGAAUACGCUGAAUACCCUGAAUACCCGAUAAUGGACGCUGAUUUAUACGACGAGUUCGGCAACUACAUCGGGCCCGAGCUCGAGAGUGAUUCAGAUGACGACGAGGACGAGAGGUACGAGCGGCAGGACGGAGACGCCCCAGAAUUUCAGGAGGAUGAAGACAUGGACGGGGGCCGAGACGACGACGACAUGGGUGACAUGCAAGUCGUCCUGCACGAAGACAAAAAAUAUUACCCUUCAGCGGUGGAGGUGUACGGUCCCGAUGUGGAGACGAUCGUACAAGAGGAGGAUGCCCAGCCGCUGACCGAACCAAUCAUCGCCCCAAUAAAACACAGAAAGUUUUCAUACGUUGAACAGGAUUUACCGUUGACAACCUUUGACCUCGAGUUCUUGACCGAUCUCAUGGACAACUCUGAGCUCAUUCGAAAUGUUGCCCUUAUUGGUCAUCUACAUCAUGGAAAGACUUCCUUUGUUGACUGCCUGAUCGAGCAGACACAUCCGCACAUGAGGGCAAAAGAAUGCAAAAACCUGCGGUAUACAGACACACUCUACACAGAACAGGAGAGAGGAGUGAGCAUCAAAGCCAGCCCUGUCACGCUUCUUCUGCAAGACCUGAAACAAAAGUCAUACAUCAUAAAUGUCUUCGACACUCCAGGACACGUCAACUUCUCGGACGAAGUGACUGCAGCCAUUAGGCUUUGCGACGGAGUUGUCCUCUUCAUUGAUGCAGCGGAAGGGGUAUGCCUGAACACAGAACAACUCCUCAAGCACGCCGUGCAGGAAAAACUGGCCAUCUGCAUCUGCAUCAACAAAAUCGACAGACUGAUGCUGGAACUGAAGCUUCCACCCCAGGACGCCUACUACAAGCUCAAGAACAUCGUUGACGAAGUUAACGCCCUCAUUGCUCUCUACUCCGAAGACCCCCAGCAGCAGCAAGUGUCUCCACUGCUGGGCAACGUGUGCUUUGGAAGCUCGCUGUACAGCCUGUGCUUCACGCUGCGCUCCUUUGCCUCCAUGUAUGCGCAGACCUUCGGGGGCGUCAAUGUGGCCGAAUUCUCGCGGCGGCUCUGGGGGGACAUCUACUUCAGCAACAAGACACGGAAAUUCACCAAGAAACCUCCACACAGUUCUGCGCAACGAAGCUUCGUGGAGUUCAUCUUGGAACCGCUGUACAAGCUCUUUGCCCAGGUGGUCGGAGAUGUGGACGAGAGUCUACCCAAGCUCCUCGACGAACUGGGCAUCAAGCUCUCCAAGACAGAAAUGAAGCUCAACGUGCGUCCCCUCCUGCGGCUCAUUUGCUCUCGCUUUGUGGGCGAAUUUUCUGGGUUUGUCGACAUGUGCGUGAACCACAUACCACCGCCGGCACGGGUUUCGAAGCAGAAGAUAGAGUACAUCUACACAGGGCCUAUUGACUCGGAGCUUGGAGAAGCGAUGCUCAAGUGUGAUCCUGAGGGCCCCCUGGUGGUGCACACGACCAAGCAGUACUCGACCCAGGACGCCACCAGCUUCCACGUGUUUGGGCGCGUCAUGAGCGGGACGCUGCACGCCAACCAGGACGUGCGCAUCCUGGGCGAGAACUACACGUCCACCGACGAGGAGGACUCGCGCGUGCUCGCCUGCGGGAGGCUCUGGGUCCACGAGUCCCGGUAUAAGGUAGAGGUGAACAGGGUGCCUGCCGGCAACUGGGUGCUCAUGGAGGGCAUUGACCAGCCCGUGGUCAAGACGUCCACCAUCGUAGAUGUGGGCGUCCAGGAGGAGCUCUUCAUCUUCCAUCCGCUGCGCUUCUGCACCCACUCGGUGAUCAAGAUUGCCGUGGAGCCCGUCAACCCCUCCGAGCUGCCCAAGAUGCUCGACGGACUGCGCAAAGUCAACAAAUCAUACCCCCUGGUCAACACCAAGGUGGAGGAAUCGGGAGAACACGUCAUUUUCGGAACUGGAGAGCUCUACCUGGACUGUGUCAUGCACGAUUUGAGGAAGAUGUACUCUGAGAUCGAUAUCAAGGUUGCCGACCCCGUGGUCUGCUUUUGCGAGACAGUUGUGGAGACGUCUUCUCUCAAAUGCUUUGCUGAAACUCCAAACAAAAAGAACAAGAUCACCAUGAUUGCCGAACCACUAGAGAAGGGUCUGGCAGAGGACAUUGAGAGUGAGGUGGUGCAGAUCACGUGGAACCGUAAGCGUCUUGGCGAUUUCUUUCAGACGAAGUACGACUGGGAUCUCCUUGCCGCCCGUUCCAUCUGGGCUUUUGGUCCCGACGCCACGGGACCUAACAUCUUGGUCGACGACACCCUGCCUUCCGAGGUUGACAAAGGGCUGCUCAGCAUGGUGAAAGACAGCAUCAUCCAGGGUUUCCAGUGGGCCACACGUGAAGGACCACUUUGCGAAGAACCCAUCCGGAACUGCAAGUUCAAGAUCCUGGAUGCGGUGAUUGCCAACGAGCCCAUUCACAGGGGUGGUGGGCAGAUCAUCCCAACGGCCCGCAGGGUGGCAUACUCGGCCUUCCUCAUGGCCACCCCCCGCCUCAUGGAGCCCUACUACUUUGUUGAGGUCCAAGCGCCGGCUGACUGCGUCUCUGCUGUCUACACGGUGCUCGCCAGGCGCAGGGGUCAUGUGACCCAAGACGCACCUGUUCCUGGCUCUCCGCUGUACACCAUCAAGGCUUUCAUCCCAGCCAUAGACUCCUUUGGCUUUGAGACGGAUCUGCGGACGCACACGCAGGGACAAGCCUUCUGCCUGUCCAUGUUCCACCACUGGCAGAUUGUGCCUGGAGAUCCCCUGGACAAGAGUAUUGUGAUUCGUCCUCUGGAGCCACAGCCUGCCCCACACCUGGCCAGGGAAUUCAUGAUAAAGACUCGCAGGAGGAAGGGACUGAGCGAGGAUGUCAGCAUCAACAAGUUCUUCGAUGACCCCAUGUUGCUGGAGCUCGCAAGACAGGACGUCAUGCUCUCGUACCCCCUGUGAGACGCCACGGACGAUUUGUGUACAGUUGCUUAUCAUCAGCUUCAUCCAAUAAAGAUGGCAUCCCUUCUCUUCUUGA